AUAGCAUGUCAUUAUCACAAACACAUUUAGAUCAGCCAGGCAGCUAGCCAUACAAUGGUAAGAAUGACUAGCAUAGGGUAUCCGCUUAUUAUAUCUUUAUCCAUUCUGUCCCAAGGCUUCCUUUUUUCAUUUUCAAAGUCUAUCCGCAAAUCAGAGAACGAUGAGGUUUUGUUAGAUACAAUUGCUCUAAGAAAAGCAUUACGCAAUGGCGACGCGACAGAUAAAUCUUUAGCCAAUUCACCAGAUCUUUACUCAGCAGACGAAAGCUCAAACAUGAAAGAGGAAGAGGAAAGAAGUAUAAAGAGUUUGGGUUCUCGUAACAGUUACUUCAGCCAAGAUGUUCUUCCUAUAAGCAGUGGAGUGAAGCAAAUGGCCUUUUCACCACUUAAAAGCUCACUACGACAUUUAGACACUGGGGAUGAGAAUGUUGAGUUGACUCAUGAAAGAAGGGAUACUGGAGAAGAGGAAAAUAAGUUUCCCAUUGGAAGGCGAGAUUUUGACAUGCUUAGGUGUAUGCUUGGAAGAGUCUAUAGACCAUGCUGGCAGAUAUGAGAUGAACAAGGAUAAAAAUCGAUGAAAGGACAUCCACCAUGGACACAUGAAUACAAUUUAACGUACAGGAAAAAGUGCAUUGUGUACAUUUAUUAAAUGUAAAUAAAGUGAUCAGUGCAAUAUAAAAA